AAAUUCGUUUGGAUUAGUCGUCUUGUUGGAAUUUUGAUUAAGAAACAUUAUCAUGAUAGAACGGCAGAAAGUGCUGGUCAUGCUACCUUCGUACUACUCGGAGAGAAUAUCCGGCCUGCGAGAAAAUAGUAACGGAGGGCCCGAAAUGGAAACGAGAUAGUCUAGUUUGGUUUGCAUUUCUAUUUACGGCAUAGUUCGUUAACCCUAUGCAGCUGAAUAUGUGUCGCUCGCAUCACACAUGUGUAUACGGCGUGCAUAAUACGCACUGCGUUCGCGCGAUGAAUGACAAUUAAUUAUUUCCCCGAGAGAUAUUGAUUAAAACGUGCGGUUAAAAGAACGGAAUGAAAAUCCAAUUUCUAUUUUUGCGAAAUAAUUUCUAUGAAUUGCAAAUGCGUAAUUACUAAAUUGCGUUUCAUCUGAAACAGCACUGCCCUUUUACACCUCCUUGUACGUUGUACUUUUUUUUUAUUGCUUUAAAUUUCUACGAACGUCCACUAAAAGGAAAGUAUGCGUCUGUAUGUGUGCGAAUGGACUGGUAUGUUAAAGGUUUCACAGACAUGCUGACACAAAAACUAUAUAGAGCCGCAGAUAAAUCGGACAGUUCGCGCGCUACUUUUCAAUUGACUAAUAUUGAUUUGACGACAAGUGUAGCCAUAUGCAUUUUGCGACGAAGCAAUAGGUGGAUCUCGGAUUACACAGCCGCAGUCGCAAUUGCAUUAACGCCGUCCUCAAGCCGACUGCCACCGGCAGUCUGUGCGUCGCGCUCGCCGCAAAACAGUGCCGCCACAAAUCUCUCGCGAGCGCAAUUCAUCCUAAAUUUAAUUAACACGGAAAUUGAAAUUUCCACUCGCGUCGUGAAAUACGGGCGCGCGACUUACAUCGAGUGAUUUGUAAUAGUUUUGCGAAAUUGUGCCGUGCCGCAGCGGUGGUUUUACGAAAUUCGCGGUAAUGCGAGAGUGUCGGACGACUAGUGACUUUAAACGCGACUGAUUCGCGAGAGCUAUGGGAUUCAUUUGGCGAUUACAACCGCCGAGAGUUGUAUUGAUUUUUCGGCGCGGAAAAAAGUCAAUCGGUCAAAGGGUCCCCCCAGUAAUGAAAGGGAGUCGAUGCAAACCCGAUUAUCGCCAAUCAUAAAAUUACUGCAGGCUUCUCCCGCUGACAGGCAGAGUAAAUAGACCGGAAAUAGAUGUCUGAAGAGACGCGGCCUUUUGUGCGACAGAGAUAAGAAUUUAUCGACCAGAGAUGUAAACACGGGUUCUCUAUAUAACUUUACAACGCUUAUGUAACGCAACCUGUAAUUUUAUAACGUUACAUACGACACGCGAUGUAAUGAUGGGCUUGAUUGCAAAUGAGUGCGAUUUCUUAACACGGCCGAUUCGGAUACGCGCCAACGGUUUGAUUCCCGGAUGUGGUGCCGCGAAACUCUCGAAAGGAUUUGAGAAAGGAUAGAGCCUUGAAAGGGAUUGAGGCGAGGUUAAGCCCAUAAGAGGGCGAGGAAACAGGGAGGAGCACCGGCGCCGAAAAAUUUUGUGAUUGCCAGUGGAUUAAAUAAAUGUCAUAAUAUUCGAAUGCCCGGUUGUUCGAUCGACAGUUCUAGUUAUUACCCACUUUUGGUUAUCGAUUAAAAAAUGAGCCUGUAACACACGUGUUGUGCGGACUAAAUAGAAUAACGAGGACACGGCAGUUAUAUUUGGUGAAAACAAUGAAAAUUCGAUGAGUCCGAAUGCCAUUGUGAUUGGAAGGCGAGAGCAGAAAUAGCACGUUCGACUGCGAAUCGACUUGCGCGAUUACAACGAGCGCAACAGUCGGCGUUCGUUAUUAAUCGAAGUGGGACACGAUGCGAGUGGCACAUGAAACAAUUAGCAAUAAACAGCCAAUAACAAUUACAUUAAUAGCAAUUGAUUAGUUAGGCGAUGCAGUGACAUUAAAUAAUAAUGAAAAACGCCAUUUAUUGAAAACCGACGGUGUAACGCUGGCAGAUUCCGCUCGAGGCUCGCGUAUUAGCGUUCGUUCAAGAAGGAAGAUAAAAAGUAAAAUUUUCUUUAAGUUGUCUCUCGCAGUGCAGAAUUUUGAGUAAAAGCUCAUCAUGGAGGUCGAAGUUGUGCCCUUCGUCGAUAAUAACGCAGGCAGAAAGGAGACGCUGCCACGACGGGGUAGCAGGGUGCAAAUUAUUCAGAAAAAAGGAACGUCGCUCUUCAUCAUCAUGAGCUUCAUCUACUCGAAGCUCCUCGUAGUCGUGUGCAUCGCCUACGUGAUAAGCGAAGUGGUGACGCACAAACUGCCGCUGUACUAUUACGAGGGAUUCUUCACAUACCUUUACGGCAUGAGCAUCCUGUUCCUGUUGUACGUCUUCUGCUUCCUCCUCCAAGAGAGCGCUUGCUGUGCGAGGGGAAGCGAUACGCCGCCACCGCCGCCGAGACCGCCCAAAUCUGGUUGGAAGGAACCUAAGGAACCUAAGGACAAGAACAAGAAAAAGGAUAAGAAAGAGAAGGAACCGAAGAAGGAUACGAAGGCCAAAAAGGAAACUCAGGAUGCGACCGAUGUUGAAGCUGGUGUAGCUACGCGAGUUUUGCGGAAACGAAAGACUUCGCAAAAUGAUCACAGCCAUGGAAGUUUCUUCCUCAGAAUUGGUGCAAUAGCGUUUGGACUGGGUACUAUGGUGUACAACGGUUUGGAAUUCGGCGCGUUCUUCGAAGUGCCGCCCACAUCGCCCUGCUACCAGAUAUUACAAGGUGUCAAUCCGGUGCUGCAAAUGAUCUUCACUUUUAUGCAGAUGUACUUCAUUUUCAUGAACUCCCGAUUGAACAUCCAUCGCUUUAAAGUCAUCGCUCGCUUCGGUCUGAUGCACGUGGUAGCGACGAAUCUCUGCGUGUGGAUACGCACGCUGGUUCUGGAGAGUCUCAAGGAGAUCACUCAGUAUCACAAAAAACUAGGCCAGGUUCAGGCGGGGAUUCUCGAGAGCAUCAAGCAGCACUCGAUGCGAAACGCAGGGGCCAUAUUGGGUACCGAGCCGCGCGACAUGGCACAAUUGCGAGAGGCUCCUCUUACGGCCUCUUCGAGGUCGACGACCGCCGCGCCGACCGUCACCAGCACGAUGGUGACAGUUGGCACUGCUCUGGGUCGCGUCAUGACAACGACAGCCAGAUCGAUCGCAGACGCGUUCACCUCGCCGGCUACAACAUCCACCUCGACCACCUGGACAACCCCGUCGACGACGACGCCGUCAACCACCACGUUCGCGCUGCCUAAUUUGACGACCACCACAGCGACAACCCUGUCCACUCUCCUGACCACGUUCACACCAUCGACCACUAGCACCACCACCACUACCACCACCACCGAGAGGAUCACCACUAUCCCGACUACAACGAGCACCAGCACCACCACAACUAACACGCCGUCCACUACCACGUACUGGUCGCAGAUGAUGGAGCUGAUGAACGCGCCGCAGAGUGACUUGGAUAACCAGGUACCGCAGAUCUUCGAUGUGAGCAACUUGACAAAUAACAGCGAGUAUUGGAGCCCGAAUUUAGGCAUCUACGCGGAGGCCCUGACGGAGGACGGCACAGUGUCCAAUUCGUGCGGACGCGUCAAUAUCAUGGGAACCAUCGUCCAGGACGCGGCACCGUAUCUAUUUCCAUUCAUAAUCGAGUACAGUUUGAUCGGGGCAGCAGUGAUCUACAUCAUGUGGAAGCAUAUCGGCCGACAUCCGCGUUGGCCCCAUCUGGCAGAGGCUGAUCUUGAACGUCGUCUGGAGGCUAUGCUAUCUCGAAGAGCCGUCGCCCUUGCUCAUGCAGGUCACACCAGAGUCGAUUGCGUUGGAGCGAGCAAAGGCCUCUUCUUCGGUCUGCUUCUUCUGGUUGGUUCCCUGAUAUGCCUGAUACUGUUCUUCGUGCUGAUCCAUCACCCGGAGCUCGGAUUGCUUGCGAUUUAUCUCGCUGACGUGUCUCACUGCGUCUUAAUGGCGUUAUCCAUUGUCGCCAUAAUCAUCGGCUUCAUCCGCGUGCAGAGCCUCAAGUUCAAGGCAGAAGAGCAGAGCGAUCUGAACGACAUCCUGCUGCGCGUCUCCGCCUUCGGUCUCUUUAUCUAUGCCGUUUUCAGCGUGAUCGCCGGUUCCUUGGCAGCUUUUACGCACGAGCCGAAUCUGCUGGUGAUGGUGACGGGAUUGCUCUCGGUCGCCCAAGUGGUCCUUCAGAUGCUGUUCAUCGCUGAUGUAUCACGCAGGCGAGUUCACUUGCCGGAGCACGAUCGCAGCAAGCCCGGCAGACAGGUGGUCACUUUCCUGCUGAUCUGCAAUGUGACCAUGUGGGUGAUCUACACUUUCGAAACCCAGAAGGUUAUCGCCAAUCCGGUGCAGCUUGAUUUCUACGGAUUCCUCGCUUGGGCCAUUGUGCAGAGGGUCACUCUGCCGCUGUGCAUCUUCCACAGGUUCCACAGCGCCGUGACGCUGGCCGAGAUCUGGAAGACUAGCUACAAGGCGCGUCUGGAGUAGACGAGCGGGGAGUCUCGUCAUAGUCAAUCGUCCGGAAUGGUCGUCGGUUGGAACGAAAGAGCGAGCACAAGCAGGUCGGGAUGCUCGACGACCUCGAUCACGUACAUCGAUUUCGGGUCUCGGAAAAAGGGUGAAGAUUGAGGGGAAAGAGGCGAAAGGAGGAAAGAGUGGAAGAUCGAUUGGGAGGAUCGACGGACGGAAAAAUUGCAAAAAUGACGGAUCAGCCGGAAUACUCGAACAUAUACAGCGUGCCUGACACGCUCGUUGCACGAAGAAAUCUUCGGAUGAUAUUCAAGUCGUUGAUAAUUGUUGACAGUUCCAAGAAUUCAAGUUUGGAAGUUGAAGAUAUAUCUCGUUGAGAAGAAUAUCCCUUUAUCGACAUCUGAAGAUACACUUCAGUGAUACGAUCAAGGUCGAUCUGACAUCCUCGAAGAGAAGCUCUCGCGUUAAGUAGAGCCAGAUAUGAUCGUGCCGAGUCGCAGACUGUUUCUUUGUCUCCUGUUUUACAUACGUUGUAUUUCUUCCUUUCUCUUUUUUUUUCUCUUUACGUUCUUAGCAUUGGUCAGUAGAGACAACAGGGGGAAGGACGGAUCAACCUGGACAAAUCUUGCCAAUCGGACAACAGGCUCUCGCCGAUUUCGGCGUAAACGAAGCACGAAACAACAAAAGUGUUAGCGCAUACGCAUUUCCCUUCACCGCGUUUCUCACCUUACACGAUCUCUAUAUACUGCCACCAAAUUUUCUACUUUUAUAUGUAUAACGUUAUAUGUACCGUAUAUGUACCCUCGCCCCAUUGUGCAUUAUCAAGAGCAUUGUAGACAGUUCGGUUCACUCGUGGGGAUUUAAAUUGUUCGAUAUUUCCCGUUCGAUUUUGAUCAUUUCGUUCAUUACGGAUAUGUCGGACCGCUGUGAUAUAUUUUUGUGAAAAUUUCAGUCGGCGUUGGCGGCGAAUCUCCUUCUAUUCAUACGUUAACGUAUGUUUAACUAAAUACUUGAUAUUUUUAUAAAUCAUCGAUAUUUAGCGGACGAGAUUAGCCUCUAAGUUUAUCGCGUUUCGUUUACGCUCUCCGAUAUAUACGCAUAUCUUACGAGACGUUAAUUCAUUCGGUAGCAAAUAAUUAGCUGACUGUCGAGGUGAGCGGCUUCGUUUCCGCAUUUUAUCGAAAUAAUUGCACGAUCGUAAAAGAUAGCACAAACGGAGCUCUUAGAUUAUUUCGUCGACGCACACCACGGCGCGUGACCCAACCCUCACAAUUGAUACAAACGAAGUGAUUGUGGUUGUGCAUUCUCCGCGCGGUCGAAGUUUAAAUCUCAAGAGAGGCUCGACGAAGAACAGAAUAAUUUCGCGGCGUUGUUCGCUCAACGAAAGCAAACGGAGCGACGUUUCGGUCUCGCGAAGAUCCUCUCGUCCUCGAAACGCUUCACCCGAGACGCGAGUGCUUCCUCGCAUUCAAGAGCGCGCAAUUAACGAGAGAUCCAUCCCUUCAAAAGGGACACUUGCACCCGUGAGAUCUCGAUCGUUGUUUCUCGUUGCGUGCCGCAGAGUACAAAAUUGUUUUUGAAAUUUUUCGAAUCCCUUUAUCGACACUUUUUCAACAUUCGCGCACUUUCAAAGACAUCGCGUACCUCCGUCGUAUCUUCAUCGCGGACAGUUGGCACACACGGAGAGGCGCUCAUUUAAAAAGAACAACAAUGAAUGGCGAGUCAGUGAGGAAGGAGACCCGUGUUCGAAGCCAACACGAACGAUUGUGUACAGAGAGUAUUUUAUCUUCAGACUCGUCGAGCACUGAAUGACAUAUACUCGAAAAGUUUUCGCGAAUGUAAGCGGACGUUGCGCUCUAUGAUGCAGAUUGUGUGACUAAAACGUACGUAAAAGCAGCGCGAAAGGAAGUCAAUGAUGACUCGCGUCAAAAAGGCUUAUUUUCGGCGAAAAGCGAUUCGUACGUGUUUGUCCUCUCAACUAAAUAUUCUGGUAGACGGUACGAUGUUCGAACGUCAAAGAUUUCCAUUUCGAAUAGCUUAAUUCUUUGAGGGGCGACGGUGCAGCUUGUGUACUUCACGUGUAAGUCACAGUAUAAUGUAUUAGGUGCCACGACAUUUGUGCGUUUCUAUGUUGGUGCGAUGUGGUUUAAUUUGUGAACUACAGUGCCUAAGUUUCACUCUAGUACUGCUUCUCUUUCGGAGAUCCUGCACAAAGUACGCUGACUUUCUCGGCCCCUGAAAGAGUUAAGGGAGAGAAACUUCGGGGGGAGUAGAAAAGAAACGAAGAUUAAUAAUCGGUACACGCGAAUAGAGGAGCUCGCACACCACCCACGAAAUAUAAGAGGUAAUUAUUCUCAUCAUUAUUGAUUAGUGUUUAAGCCUAUCUCCAAGAGAUAUCGAUCUUUCACAUUUACUUCACUAUUGAUAUAUGUAGAUCGUUGAGAAAAGGUAACUUUCAUCGUAUAGAGGCGAUACUUUGUGAAUUCCUCCACAAUCCUUGUGAAAAUACUCCCUUCUCCUGAGAGUAAAGCACACAUAAAAUUUUACUUAAUAAAAUUUACAUUCAACGCGUAAGUUUUAUUAAGUAAACUUUCUCGCGCGAGAUGAGAAAACAAUAAUACACGAGACACACUCGACAUCCUGAUGGAAGUCACAUCAUAAACGUAAGACACCAGUCGACGUCUUUAGCUUUCGAGUCUAAAUAUUUUAAUUAUUAGAAAUAAUAUAAAUAAUAAGUAACGCGCACUCGCGUGCGCGAAAUAAUGUGGUGUGAACACAGUAACGCCCCGAGUAACCGUUAAGGAUCGAUUAAACAUAAUCAUAGGUGGAUCCGGGAGGCGCUCUUCAAGGGAGGGGGCGAACUGAGCAGAAUCGGCAUUGCUAUUUUCCAGGUUUGCUUAUUUUCCAAGCCUUCAACUUACGUUUUUUUAUAAUUAUCUAGAAAGUAAUAUGUAUAUACAACGUUCUAUCAUAUCGUUUGCGACUUCAUCAAAUUAUCAAGUUCAUUUCUAGCUGCAAAAUUCAUGCAAAUGUUCCUUUAUAUUAUCGUAUGCAUUUGCAAGAGAAAUAUGGAAUGACUGUUAAAAAAAAUUAAAUCAAAUUCAUUAGUGAUUUAAUCAUUAAAAGUACGAAUGCAAGGAAAAUAUAAAUACAAGGUACAAAAUAUUAUCCAGCAGUCUGUCGCUUAAGAACGUAUAGGCGCGCUUGGUUCACACAGUGAAGUGUCCCAACAAACUGCCAUGCGCUAAAAACAAGAAAUGUAACUUGGUAGAAACCCAACGACUACAAAUGAUAGCAAAUACAUCAAUACAUGAUAUUAACUAUUAAUGCUAAAUAUUUCGAAAAUUUUUUGGGCGCCUCUCCUGCGAGGGGGGGGGGGACACCGUGAUCGAGGCUUUGCCCCCCUUUGGAUCCGCUUAUGAACAUAUGAUGAUCCGAAAACGAUAUUAUUAAGAAACAAACACAAUAUAAAUAUAUAUAGAUAUAAAUAUGAGUGUAUAUAUAUGUAUGUAUAUAUAUGCAUAUACAUUUAUACAUACAUAUAUAUAUAUAAAAUGGAGACUUGUACUAAUUUUGAUGUACGCAACUGUAGUUGGAGUGUUGCGUGCGAAUGUAAAUAAUAAUCACUCUUCGUCAGCAAAUUAUUAUUUAGCAGAGUGUCUGUGAAACGAACGUCAUUGCCAAUAGAGUGAUUCAAAUUAGUGCUUGAACAAAUUUUUCGAGCUGUUGUUAUUAAUUUGUUACGCAGAAAAGUGUAUAAGCUGCUUAUCCUAGAAUUAUACGCGUGGCAAAAAGUCCACGAUAUGCGUUUUAAUUUAGAAAAAAAGCAUGUCAGUGAUAACCAAGAUUAUAACACGUACGAAUUUCUAUAAAUCAAAACAACACUUGUGCAUGUCCCAUACUUCCAUCGCUAUAGAUUUGAUUAGAAAAAGGUGUAGGUAAAUCAGUAUGCGCGAUCUGCAAUACUCAUUAAUAUUAAAUUGACAUGUCGUUUCAAAGUACUUGGUCGUUUGUGAAAAUAGGCUUUGCGAAAAUCGUACGUAUUACAAAUCUGUGAGAGGGCUAAGUUUUAGUUUUUCUCUCUUAUAAAUAUCUGUGAAUCUCGUCGUUUCGUCGACACUCUGCGCAAUCAACUCAUAAGCGCGACAAAAUCACAGCCACAGCAUAGCGAGAGAUCUCAUUACGAGAAUUAAAUUAAUUACCAAGGCACUGCCACACCGGACCAACAAAGUCGAAACGAAUGACAGAAAGGAUUCUGAAAGGGAAAGAGGGAAGACACGCAAAUGCAGAAAGAGAACCAAUAAUCCUUUAUCGAUUUCCCGCAAAGAAAAAAGCUAUAAAGAAGAUAUAUAUGAAACCGAGACCCUUCCACGUUUAACGAAUGUGAACGAGUGCGUAGUUCCAAUAUACGUAUGCGUGAUUGUGGAGUGAGAGAAAGAGAGCGAGAGAGAGCGAAAGAAAGAGAGAGAGAGAGAGAGAGGGAGAGAAAGAUAGGCAGAAGGAAGAAGAACGGAAGAAUACGUGAAACGUUUUUCUUCGGCAAACAACGUCUUUGUAUACUCUACCCAUGUUGUAAGGAGAAAGAAACCCACGAUUCUCUUGUAUAUGUACAUCAAUAUCUCGAUAGUAGCAGUAAGCCUAAUUAGUGAGUCGCGGAUUUGUGAUACGGCCAACGAGACGAAUGCGACUGAGAUUCGCCCGAUUUAAGUACAAAUUGUGCGAUUAUAUUAAUUUGCUUCUUGUUCACACGGGAUUCGCAUUGCAGAUUCGUUACAAAUUUGCGUCAUUUUAUUUGUUACGUAAAUUCUCAUUUUUCAUAUAAAUCGCGUAUUCAUCGCAUAUAACUGACAACGUUAUAAAUCUGUUCAAAUACCUCGCACGUAUGGUAACCAACCCAUUGUGCGAGCAAUCGGAUUUUCUUUCACGGCAGUGUAUUCCAAUUACGUUCCAUAUUCAUCGAGACGAUAGCAUUUUCGCAACAACUUCGUAUGUACUUCUGUAGGUUUACCAAGUCGCGAAUCCGCGAGAAACAGAUGAGGAGAGGACAGGAGGAAUUUGCAUAUGCAUACGUGCCGGAAGCAAAUCCGCGACGCAUUAUUAUUUAACAUAAUGUAGUGAGUUUUCGAUGUCUUCGAGUAUAAUUACAGUUUGUACACGUAUACACGCAGUUUUAAGCAACAGGACAUUACACACAAAAAACACACACACACAGAUACAUGACACACACGCGCGCACAAGUGACAUCACUCGUGGAUUUACCAGAGACACAUCAAGGAGGAAGCGAGGACAAUGGAAGGCACAGAACGGAAGGAGUUAACGUUUCGUCAGGAGCAGGCGAUAAUGACAGACGGAACACAAAGAAAUAGAAUAAAAUAAAAUAAAAUACAGUAAAAAUAUAAAUUACAUGUUGUGAUGUAAGCAGUUCUUCGAAUGUCGAGUAGCGACGAAUACGUCUGUAAAUUCAUAAAUUCGCUCAUUCAUCGAUUCCUAUUUUCAUUGUAUACCGUUAAAACCAGUUUCAUUGUGUCCCGAGUUACAUCGGUACGUCGUUGCCACAUCAUUUGUAACGAUACACGAUUAUAUUGGUUAAUAAAAGUUAUCUAGACGUAA